AUGAUUAGAAGACGGUUUGGUAGUAAAAAUAUUGACGACCUGCUAGUUAAUAAAAGACAUCAAAAAUGUGUACCUAAAAAUUUAAAUCGUUUCAAGGCUCCGUUAGUAUCAGGUGAUUUUCCAUCGAGGGUUUCUCUAAUCGAAGAAAAAAGUUCAAUAAAAGAAGAAGAAAGCUUUAAUAUAUCUGAAAAAUAUUUAGGAAAACCUCCUAUCACUUAUUGGAGAAGAGCCGAAAGUAGUGAUGUUGAUGCCGUUUGUAAACUAGUAGAAAAAUCUCAUGGUUUUGUGAAAGAAUUAUUCACAGAACCCGAUGUACCGGAUUUAAUCGAACAACAAUUAAUAUCAUUUACGAGCGUAUUUGCUUAUCCAAAUAUACCGGCAGUACCUUCAUUUGAAUGGUAUCAAUGGUUUGAUAAUGCUUAUAGAAUAACGGGCUCUAAUCCGAGAAAUACAUUGUUUAUACAUUACAUUGGUUGGGAAAGUAAUUAUUAUUCCGACUUUUUGCGUUUAACAUUGGAAACGUUAUUUUUAGAAUUUAACUUUUUGAGUCAUUUAAUAAUUAUUAAACCUCCGAAGGUGAAAAUACCAAGCAUUAUUGCUGAUAAUUUCAUUCAAGCUUUACCGAAAGAUGCUCAAAUGUUCGCUUGUGAUUUGUCAUCUAUACAAACUGUCUUGUUAUGUUUGAAAUACUCCAUCAUGGAACACUUGAAAAUUCGUUUAGCUAUGGUAGAAGAUCAUGAUGAUUUGAUGCCAAUAGUAGAUCAGCAUACCGAAAGGCUAAAACAAUUAUACGGAGAUUAUUGCAUAGCUGAAAUAAUUGAGUAUCCAGGAACAAACGAUCGGAAAACUUUAGUUUGUGAAUCAAUGGGAUAUGCUAUAGGAUUUAUGAAUAUUAAUAGAGCAAUAGAUUUUGAACUUUUGAACACUCAAUUUGAUUUAGGUGGAUUUCACGGUUUAAGAAAACCAACCGAAGAAGAUACUAAGCCCUCAGACAUUAACUUGGACGAUGAAGAUAAACCGAUACGUCUUCCUAGUAAAGUGAAUCCAACUAUGGACGUGUAA